UUGCAGUCGCUUUGCAAUCGCAUUGGUCUCAAAUUAGCAGCGCGGACGAGACACAUAACAUUACUGCUGUUUAUUAUAUGCGCUCCCGUCGCCUACCCACUUAGCAGGAUUAUUGACUACGUUCUUGGUAGAGAGGUUCGUGAAAUUUAUUCUGAAGAAAAGUUGAAAACCCUUAUCAAAGUGCAGUCCAAAAAAAUGGAAGAGGCUGCACAAGGAGAUAUUCUUGCUAGAAUAGCGGAGUUUCCUAAAAAGACCGUUCAAGAUAUGAUGACUCCAAUAGAGGACGCGUUUAUAGUGAGUGGCGGUGAUACUCUGGAUCUGAAAGAUCUUGCCACGACCACUAUAGAUCGCAGAUGGAAAGUUCACGAAGUUGUAAGCAGAUCUGACGAUGCUCGUUCGCAGAUGCGGUUUGUUUUGGCAACGCAGAAGGGUGAGGCAGUCAUGCAAGAAAUGAUGAAAGGUUGCCAAAAAACAUGCAAGUAA